GACGGCGCUCCGACCGCCUUGACACUGAUUGUUGCUCGACGCGAUCGCAAAUACAUUAUCACCGUUCCUUUUAAUCAUUUUUGCAUUCGAUUUUUAUUGCACGCGCGCGUCGAACGCUCGCAUCCUCUCGUUUUCACAUUUCAGUUCCCAUGUCGACCCGUCACUCAGCCAAUUCAAAACCAAGACUGUACAGUAACUCCGACAAUAAAUAGUUCGUAAGUUGAAUGAAAAACUCAAACAAUAUCGCGAAUGUGACUGAUCAUAGUGAAAGUAAACAAAUUACACAAUCAGCGUUUAGAGCGCGAGUGAAAGUGUAGUCUGUGGCGCGCGGCGGCUGAGCGCGAACGUCACCUGCGCGUUUAAAAAAUCAAAACGUCAAAGUCAAGAUUACGCGCCAAAAUUACUGCCAAGUUUUUUUUUUGUGUGUGGAGUGAGUUGUGUAAGAAGGUUUCGGCGGUGAAGGCUGUGUUGUUAUAGCUAAACCGCCCCUAGCGCUCGGCCAAUGGCGGGGAAGGUGCCGCCCCCGCGGGGCUCGUCGCAUGUCUGCUUCGCGGUUACGCUCCUGAUACUCGCUGCCGGUCCAGCCACAUCGCGUCGUCCGGAGCCCUACUACGGACGUCUCAUAGGCCGUCUCACACAGUACGCUCACGGUAUCCGGGGCACCGUGUACGCAGUCGACGAGAGCACGGUAUACGUGCGAGGGUUCGCGUACGAUGGCACAGGCCCUGACGCGUACUUCUGGGUCGGGGAUACGCCGCAGCCCAGCCCUGAGGGCAUAUUGGUGCCCUAUCCUGAGGAUUACACUUCUAGAGACCCCCCAAUCCUGACGGCUCACAGUAACUCAGACAUACUCCUGAAGCUGCCGGGGGGUAAACGACUGCGGGACAUCAAGUGGAUCAGUGUCUGGUGCCGAAGAUUCACUGUGAACUUCGGAGACGUAUUCAUACCUCCUGGGCUGGAUCCUCCCCGGCCCCGAGUCCUACCGGAGUUCAAGCGAUUGGCCCACGGCCUGAGAUCAGGGAACAUCAGUGUCCUGGAUGCCAAGACCUUCUAUAUACCGAAUCUGCACUAUGACGGGGCUGGGCCUGAUGCAUACUUCUGGGUUGGCAAUGGGUCGGAGCCUAAUCCUUUUGGAACUAAGGUCCCCAACGAGAUGGGUUCCCUCCACCCCCUACGAGGAUACCAGGGCGAGGACAUCGAGAUCCAACUCCCCGGCAAGCUGACGGCAUACGACAUCGACUGGCUGGCCGUCUGGUGCGUGGAGUAUCGACACAACUUCGGACAUGUCUACAUUCCUAAGGACUUGGAUGUGCCACCGGCUCUCGGACAGACUAAGAUCACUCCUGCUUGGUGGUAUAACCCGACGAGUUCAACGACCUCUCAGUCGCCCUUCAGCGCCACCAACAACUGUAAGGAAAUACUUGACAAAAGACUGCAAGUGCGCUGGGAAAUACAGGGAGACCAAGUUCAGAUAACGUUGUCGGCGCGUCUCCGCAAGGAACAGUACAUGGCGUUCGGCAUCUCCGGCGCUGAAGGUAGACCCGCAAUGCUGGGGGCUGAUGUGGUCGUCGCUUAUUGGGAUACCAGGGUGAACCAGCCCCGCGUGUCGGACUACAGCAUCAGCCACCUGGCGCAGUGCGACGGCGAGCGCGGCGUCUGUCCCGACCAGAGGAUCGGCGGCACCAAUGAUGCACAGCUUGUAUCAGGCAACCAGAAGAACGGUAUCACCACCAUAACAUACCGCCGUCCACUGGCUGCCAAGGAGACCAUGAAAGACAAGGAGAUCCUCACGUCUCGCUCGCAGUCUGUCAUCGCAGCCUUCGGACCUCUCAACUCUAGAUAUGAAGCCAAUGCGCACUCCUUCAUGGAUACUACCAGGAAUGAUGUGCAACUUGAUUUUGGAGCUCAGAACGAGAACACAUGCAUCGGGCUAGCGGAGACGGACUCAUCAGGUCCAGCCCCCUGGCCGGCGCGCGUGGUGGCGGGUGCACACAACCUGACGGCGCGCAUCGGGCCCGCCGGCGGCGCCCGCGGGUACACGCCUAUCACUGACAAUGACAUAAGUAAGGGAUUCCUUCCAUACGGGCAUCCUUCAUGGGGCAUCGCGUGGUAUAUCAACGACCAGCUCAUCCCGGAGAUCUAUGUGGAGCGCGGGAAGACUUAUACCUUCAUGGUGGAGGGAGGAGACGACAGGACCAACCCUGCCAAGUUCCACCCGUUCUACAUCAGCGACUCUUCAGAGGGAGGUUUCGGUCAGAAGAAGGAGGAAGACCAGAGGAAACAGCGCGUGUUUGCUGGAGUUGCCUAUGACAACGAGGGAUAUCCCUAUCCUACUGCUGUGGGUCGUUAUUGCGAGUGGACACACAAGACGAUCGACCAGUCGGCCACUUCGGAGACGUUCGAGGACUACAUGAACACGCUGCAGCUGGAGUGCAACGAGGGAGAGCCUGCCGUGCUCAACUGGACCGUGGCACAUGAGACUCCGGACUUGCUGUAUUAUCAGUGCUACACGCACAACAACCUCGGCUGGAAGAUCCACGUGGUAGACCCGGGCACGCCGGUCCCCCUCGCGGGCGACAAGCAGCGCGUCAACGCGGCCGGCGCACCCGCGCUGUCGGCGCUGGCGCCGCUCGCGCUCGCCGCCGCCCGCCACCUCGCCAACAGGGGCAGGUAAUGUGACGGAGACCGGGAGAAUCGACGCUAACAUAACACUAUACUUACUUUUACAGGUUUUUUUAUACCAAAAUUAAAUAUUGUUGCGAAUAAGUACGAUUUAAUCAGAAAUUGAUGACAAUAAUAAUCGUAUGAAGUAACGAAGACAAUAAUUUUGAAUCUGUAUUCAAAACGAAUCAUAGACAAUAAAUUUUUAAUCUGUAUUUUAUGUCUGUCAAUAAUGACAAUAAUGUAGGAUAAGCAAAAAAACUAUAUACUAAAUUACAUUUUUACACUUUUAAAUUGUUCAACAAAUUAUGUAUUGACUAUGUAUUUAGAGUUAUACAACUUAUUAUACUGUUGGUUAUUUUUAUAUAGAAUAAUCUGUAUAAGUUAUAUAUGUAUACAUUUUAAAUUGGCAUGAUAUAUACAAGUCGUUAAAUGAUACACAUUCAAAAAUGUAGCAUUCGUUCAACUUUAUCAAUGGUAAUUUUAAGUUUUUCGAUUAAUAUUACAUUUGAACCGACAAUAAAUAAAUAAUCGUAUUAUAUUCGCGUCGAUUUAUCCAAGUUAGGAUUGUGAUAUUGUUGGACGAAUUUAGAAUGUAAAGAGUAUGGAAUUCGCCAGUUUGUACAGGUAUUUGUAAAGAAAAUGGGUAAAUAAUGUCAAUCUACGUACAUAAUAUCAAUUUCAUAUCAGAUGUGGAGCGCGAAAGUGCAUUUUUACAAUUUAGGAUUUUGACAAUUUCUAGUAGACCUUGUAUUUAAGAACCCCUUUACCUUUGAACUCUUUAAGUCCGUUCAAAGUAUCAUGCCUAUGUACCUUCAUAUGAUAGUUACAAAAAUUACAUAUUUAACAACAUAUCUCUACUGAGUACUUCAUGUACAAGAUAAACUUAAGAGAUUCGUAAAAUAACAUUCGAUGCAAACAUCGUUGCUUAUAAAGGAAAACAGACAAACACUGUAACUCUGUGGCAUAUCAUAUUAAAAAAUAUCUCUAAAAAUAUCUAUAUAGAAUCUGUUUCUGACAGGUCCUUGUGUGCAUAUACUGCUGAGCUUUUGUGGAUAACAUUCCAAAAAACAACCCUUUUUGGCAGUCGGUUAAUAAGAUAUAGGUAAAAGUAAAAAGUUUUUACUUGCACAAUAUACUAUAAUGUACUAUAUGUAUUAAAAAAUAUUGUCAUAAUGUAAUUGUCACAUGACAAUUUGUUCUCUUUGACUAAUGACUUGAUUUAUUAGGAACAAAAGUAUAUACCUACCUACCUAACAAUUUUCAACCUAUUUUUUUUUGUACUUAUUCAGCUCAUGAAAUAUUUGUAGUGUGAAUCUAUGUUUGCUACAAAUGAAUGAAUAUAUCUUAUGUAGGUGAAUAAUAUCGAAAAAAUAACUUUUAAGGAACUGAUUCUAGCUCUUUGAGGUAGAUUCAAAUUCGCCUAAGUAAUCAAAGUAAAUCCUAAUUAAAUUGGAAUUUCGACAAUAAAACUAAUAACUGAAUUGAAAUUGUUUAUUUACAAAUAAGUAUUCGUCGUGUGCUUGACAAUAACAAAUAUUAUAUACCUAGUAAGCCCUUUUUAUAAAUAAUACAAGUUAUAUACUACUUAGUGUAAUCUUUUUUCUUAGAGACUAUGAAAUUUGGAAUGUCGGACAAUAAAACUUCUUCGAAAAUAACUUUAGUAUGUACAAUUAUAUACUUCACUCGCUUUCAAAAUGGACUUCGUUAAUUGACAAUAAAUAGUUGUUAACUUUUUGGGCUGUUUACAUAAUGUAAAGUGUAAGUAGAGUAACGUUACUCAGUGAAUAAAGAAAGACAAUAAUUUCGUCUACAUAGAAUAAGGUUGAGAUCAGAUAUGACCUAUAGUUGGUGUCUUAU